AUGCCUCUGCCUGAGGACCACACUGAGCCUGGCACCAGCUGCACUGUGGCUGGGUGGGGAAGAACCAGAGAAAGAGGACAUCUUUCCACCACUCUUCAUGAGGUGCAGUUAAACUUGGUGGAGCCAGAGAAGUGUAAACAUGUUCUCCAGACUGUGAAAAGUGCCAUGAUGUCUCCAGAGAGGUUACACAGACCUCCACCUGCUCUGACUGUGCUGUGUGCCGGUCCAGAGACAGGGGGCAGGGACGCCUGUCAGGGGGACUCGGGCGGACCCCUGUUAUGUCCGCUGGGGUCGGGCGGGGGGCACUGGGCAGCUCUGGGUGUGACUUCCUGGGGCAAAGGCUGUGGCCGGAGCUGGAAGCUGAACAGCAGCCGCCCCCCGUCACAGAGAGGCUCUCCUGGGGUCUUCACUGAUGUCAGAUUGAUGCUGCCCUGGAUCAAGCUCACACUGAGACGAGCUGAGUCGAAGCGGUUAAGAAGGCCUUUAUCCAGACUGUGCGGUGUGCAAGAUGGGGCUAUGAAUGACACAGAGGGGGUCAUUAGAAACCCCACCUCCAGACGCCGUUACUAUGACAACAAUGAGCUGUGUGUGUGGAGCAUCAGUGUUCCUCCUGGUUACAGCAUUUUACUGGAGAUUGAGUAUGUGGAUAUUGAGAAUGACUCAUUUUGUCUCCAUGAUCGACUCACUCUGUCUGUGGCACCUCAGAAACCUGUUGGUAUAUUUUGUGGAAGUGUCCGCCCAAGCCAAUUUUACCUCAAUAAUUCAAAUCAUGCAACGGUGCUUUUCUCCUCUGAUGUUAGUGUCGGAGGAAGAGGAUUUUUCAUGAGGUACCGUCCUGUUCGGAGACUGGCUGAUCCGGGCUGUGACACAGUUGUUCUGGUGCAGAACGAGAGCAGCAUCCACAGCCCUGGAUUCCCCCAACACUACCUCAACAACUGCAUGUUCAGAUGGGUGCUCAACUUUACGUAUUUUGAGUUGGAGGAGUCCAGCAGAUGUCUGUAUGAUUCCCUGGUUGUGUUUGGGGACGUGGAAGGAUCAGAAGAGAUAGCUGUGCUUUGUGGAGCCGCAGUCCCUCCGCCGGUCAUUUCCUACCACCGCCUCAUGGUUCUUCAGUUCACCUCCGACAGCAGCGUCACACACAGAGGCUUCAGUGCUCACCUGGAGUUCAUCCCCCACUCAGCCGUUGAGUAA